AUGAAACACACCCUUGGCCUAGUUGUGUGCAUUGCACAACUAGCCACGGCCAACGCCUUUUUCUCCUUCAAUCGCAGGGCAGAAUGCGCCAAAGGACUCUACAUCUUAUAUGCCCGUGGAACGGGUGAGCCCCAAGACACAGGCAUGACGCACGGCAUCUCUGUGGACAUUGCGAAGCGGAUUCCUGGCUCAAAAGUGGUGCCGGUCGUCUACCCAGCUACCUUUACCGCUCCUCCGUACCAGGAUUCUGUCGCCGACGGCGUAAAAAACAUGCAAGAAGGUAUUCUCCAAUACGCUAAAGACUGUCCGGAUGGCAAGAUGGCACUGCUGGGUUAUUCCCAGGGAGCCCACGUUACCAUGGACUCGGUCUGCGGAGGUAGCGGCGGCGUCUUCGACAAGGCACCUCCGAUCCCAGAGGAAAUUGUCAAGAAAUCUAUCGUUGCUAUGGUUGUCUUUGGAGACCCCACUCACACACCUAACGUGACAUACAACACGGGAAGCAGCAUUAAUUCUGGGUUCUUUGAGAGGUCGAAUGCCUCAAUCGAAACUUGCGAGCGGUACUCCUCUCGUCUUAUCAGCUAUUGCGACACGGGUGACACAUUCUGCGACAGCGGCGACAUCCCGAGCGUCCAUACGUCCUACAUCAAACUAUAUGGCGACAAAGUGAUUAAAUAUGUUGUCGACAGCUUCUUCAACGACAGCAGCCACUGCGACCGACAGCAAUCGCGCGACAGCAACAUCGGCCGGACCAUCGUCUGCAGUCGACACCGCUACGGCAAGUGCAACCUCGCAGACGACCCAGUCACCUACGACUUCAGAGGCAAUCGUUCCAACAUCGUCAUCCACGACUUCGUCGUCCACGAGCUCGUCAUCCACAAGCUCAUCGUCUUCGACCUCAUCGUCUUCGACCUCAUCGUCUACAACUUCAUCUUCCACAACAUCUCCCACAACCUCAUCCACAACCACAUCGCCCACGACGUCAUCCACAACUUCGUCGUCGACAAGCUCAUCGUCGACGACUACAUCGCCGACAACGUCAUCACAGGCCGUAAUCCCAACACCGUCGUCUACCACAACCUCAUCAUCGUCAACCUCCUCAACCUCCUCUACAACGUCGUCUACAUCAACAACGUCGUCGACGUCAACAACCUCCUCGACAUCAACAACUUCCUCGACCUCCUCCACGACCUCGUCGUCACCGACCUCAACGUCGUCCACAACGUCGCCAACGACUAG